AUGACCACUUCAAGUGACAGCUCCAGCGUCGCUGCGAGUCUCUCGGCUUUCCGAACCUUCGAGUUAAUGCAGCUGGAUGGUAGGUAUCUUCCAUCCGACAGUCCUGACGCAGUAUCAGAGAAUAUCCACGAUUCGAAAGGAUUCCCGGCCUGCAGUAACCAUGCUGGUACCCCCAAGACCUCUCCAACCCAGAACAAAGGGUGCGGGGUUCUUGCGAGCAAGAUUCAACACAGAUCAGCUGUAGAUCACACUUCAGUUACACCACAUUCUUUGGUAUAUCAGCAGGCACGACGAGAAAACUUUCAUCGCAGGAUUCUGAGCUACCCACCAGCAACUCUACCUACCCCUCCUACUGCACAUCAACUGCGAGAUUUCAUGCGCCAGAAGGGAAGCCAUCAUAGCGUUGAAUAUGAACAUAGCGGUUCUUAUCAUUAUGAAGAUCCAAUCCUCGACAAUGCCCCCAGAAUGCCCCGUUCUGACCGGCUAAUACAGGAUGCACUGGCAAAGCAACAUCGUACGGCCAACGUACCCCAAGAGGAAUCCUCUAUCUCAAAGUCUCAGCCCUCCCUGAAGGACAAGGACGCGGGCACUCGGAACCCUUACCCCUCCAAUAAAACGUACACUAUGUUGGAGUGGCCCAGAGAUCCCAAUAUCAUCAAACAGGCAGACGCGGAGCGCAUGCUUUCCUGGUCAGAACCACCUCGCAACACUCGUAGCGCCCAUGGAAGACUCUCGAAUCCACCUAUCCCUAAAUUCGCCGCCCCGCAUUCCCGAAAGGUAGAUUCUCAUCCUAGAUAUGCAGAGAACAUUAGAAACACGACGCUCGCCAGGCAGGGUGGCGUCCACCCUAACAUGACUGUUAACACCAAUCGUCCUCAAACAGAUUCGGUUAUAGUACGCACUAGGAAUUACUUCAAGGAGUACGUCAAUGGAAAAUACUCCAGUGGAUCAUCAGGGCCAUGUCAUAACCCCGAUACCAAUCUCCAUAAUGAGGGGAGCAUGGCGGCCAUCGAUCGUGAAUAUCGUCGGCAGACGACCAAGGACACCAAGAUCGACAGGUUCUAUAUCAAACGUGCCGAAUGCGACUUCUCUCUCCAGGCCACUAUCAAGAAUGUCUUCAAAAAUGGAACGCCUACUGCUGCUGAUAUUAAGAAUAUGAUGGAAGGCAUCGAUUAUCUCGAAAUUAGCCUCAAACCAAAUUCAGCCUCUGGCGUUGACGACCCUUGGUAUGAGAGAAUUGCAUGGAUCAAGAACAGCGUUGUCGGCCCCCACGGGAGGCAGGUCAGAGCUCUUAAAAGCAUUUUCAGGCUACUCAAUGGCGAGGGUAUUUUAUUUCGCGAGGAUGAGAACAGUGAGGUUUAUAAAGAGGCCCAAUCAAACAGCGUAUGUAUUCUUCGCGAAAAGGAUAGUUCCGUUUAA